CUGUGAAACUUUUAUUGAUGUUCAGAGAGAGGAAAUGAUGUGACAUUAAUUUGAAGAAGAAGGGACAAGAAUAAUAUUUAUUUUGCAAAGUGUAAUUAUUUCUUUUUGUAAAUUCCACCAUCAUUCACUUGCAAAUGGUCAUGGUUGCAGUGCACGAUUCAAGGGUAAUAGCCACCCUGCACUGUUGAUGGUGUUUCCUGCGGCAACACCCUGGGCAAGUGGCAGAAAAUCCCACAUUAACUUCACCCCCAAAAAGGGGUUCUCUCUACUCUGCAGGGUAGCAUUGUGACGUGCUGAGGCACCAACCCCGGGGUACAUAGCCAACAAAGACGAAGAGGGAUUAAUUUUCAGGGAGGAAAAUGUCGGAAAUGCUAAGUUGCAAUUUGCUUCCGGACCUGUGGCAGCAAAUCCUCCAGCAGCACUGGACGUACCUUGAGACGGAGGAGAGUUUGCAGAAGAUUGAGGAGAGGCAAAAGUUGGAGGAAUGCCUCAAAGACUUUCUCUGUCUUGUCCCGCAUUCUCGGAAAUUCCUCCUCCCUGUCACAGCGUACGUCCUGCAAAAGUCCAUCCUCCAGGCUGAUGACUCCUCUGCGUACAAGGCAUCCAUUGGCUUUGAAUCCAUCAGCCAGUAUGCCAACAACCUCUUCACGAAGCCAUGGCGGAAGGAAUAUCGUGUCAUCAAGAUGUAUUCGGGGUUCUACUACCACGAGAUCCAAUCAAAUCUCGUAGAGUCUGAGAAAAUCUUCGAAGCCAUGGGAUACAAAAUCCUCCCCAACAGGACACUCAUUCUCGAUGGACCCAUUUGCCCAGAUCAAGUGACAAAUGUCUCACGGGAUGCCUUGGCUGCAUUUGUAGAGUGCCAGAUUCUCAAGCAAAUUUUCUCUGGACUCACAGCCAUGCAGGUGUCCAGCAAUUGGGUUGACAUCUUCAAUUUCCGGAGUGUCCACACAGGAACACCUGAACAGAUGAUCAAUUCAAUGGUGUUCUCAAUGCAAGAGAAACGAGCACAUCAGGAGAAACAAGAGAGCUACUACAGUGUUCCUGCUCCCAAUCCAUGCAGUUCCUGCAAUGUGUCACGACAGUACCAGAUGGUAGCCCCUCCACCACCUGUGUCAACCUACUGUCCCGCCACGGUGGCUCCUCCGUGCUCCUUGCAUCCUGUCCCAAUGGCAAACUACGGCCCGUAUCAGACACCCGGGCAGGGGGUUUACAUGCCUCCCCAUGCAAUGGCCCAUUCAAAGUCCCUUGAGCACCCAAGUGAAAAAAUCCGGCAGCCGAGACACUAUUCACUGGAUCAACCGUCGUAUGACUACGGUAGAUCACCGGGAGGGGGGUACUACGACGCCGUGGGGAAUUAUGAUUGUGUUGAUGGUUUUGUGCCAUCGUGUGCGGCGUCAUUUAGCGCCUACAAUACAGCUGGGAAUCGCUAUCCGCUCCCGGGGGGAUUUCCUCUGGGGACACUCAAUCAACCGUGUGAGUCAAUGGUUAAUGGGCAGCACCUUGCGCCACCAAUUGUUAUCAAUGGUGGCACCUAUGGGCAUAGGAAUAGCGUGCCACAGGGUGGGUGCUACCACAAAUCCGAUCAUACGUGCUACUCUGAGUACCAGGGGUGCAAUUUUUGCGGGGAGAAGCGCAGCAAGGGGAUGAUUAAGAGUGAAAACCUCAUUGAUUUGGGUGACUACAGGGAUUCUUAUCAGCAACCACCAUCACACGAUAGCACAUCCAUGUCAAAUGGUGAGCUAUCGGACUACUAUCAUCGCAUAAAAAUGGCCCAGAAGAUGCGACCACGACCGAGUGAGGGGGAAGUUUAUGCGAGAAACAAUAUUCGUACCUCAAAGACAUCAAGUAGUAGGCACAAUGUGGAGCCGGAUGAGGUGAGCAGUAGUGAUGUGGAUAGGCACAAGAAUCACGAUGGGGUGGGGUCGUUCGAGACGUGGGACUAUGUAUUUCAGAAUUUGGAAAAACAGGGCUACACAAAGGAUCUCGGGGAGCGAGAUUUGCUGAUGCAGGGACUCGAUUUGGGUUCAAUGAAGAUUCACGAUGAUCGACGGCAAGGCAGUGUGGUGCCAGCGGUGGCGCAUAAGGUGAAAAUUGCAAAAGCCGAACCCACAACAAAGGCCAUUCAGACGGAAAGUGUGCAACGGAGGAGUACCCCAUGUGCCAGGGUGAGUGCCAACAAUAAUAAUGUGGGCGAAACCAUUGAGAGGCAGAAGAUGCAUCAGGAGAAUACGAAGAACAGGCAAAUUCAGGAGCAACAACGGAAAACAGUGAGGAAUGGGGAGACAUCUGGGGUUGCCAGUGUACCCCAGAAUGAGUGGAGCUGCCGGUUUUGUACUUAUCUAAAUCCGGACAGCCGAAAAAUCUGCGAGAUGUGCUCAAAGAGUAAAGACUUUUUCUUUAGUCAGGACAAAACGCCCACGUGCGUCUAAAAAACAUUGGAUUGUGGUAUGAAGUAAAAACUAUUUUAUCUUCUUUUAAAUUUAUUCUUUAUUAUUUUUUUUUCAUUAAAAAUCUGUAUAAAAUGCAUGUCUAAACAUUUUUUUUGUAAAUUAGAGACUGUGAGAAACUUUUGUGAGAUAGAAAGAAAACGCUUUAGAAAAUUCCUCCUCAAUUCUAGGUUAAAUAUAUAGGCAAAAUAGAAGACCUUAAGGUGUGUCCUGUGUGCUAAUCCGCUGAGCGGAAUUUUUCUCUCAUUUUGAGCAUUAAAAACAGGACACAAAUGCAAUAAUAUUCGGUUUCUUUUGUACCUUUUGUAACAGCUUUAAUCUUCUUCAUUUUUGCCAUAAUUUCUUAAUAAAUUCUAAUGACGAGAAUACAGAGAAAAACAAAGAAAUAGCGCAAAGAAAAUUAACCUAGAAUGAAUGGAGAAUGUCACAAUCUUAUAUGUGCUAACUAAAAAAAAGUAAUCAUAUAUACAAUAUUCUUUACAAAGAACAAAGAAAACAAAAACAUCACGUAUCACAAGGAAAUCAUCAUAAAAAAAAACAAGAAGAAAACACACACACAGUAUUUCUAAUAUAAAAAAAAAACAAUCUUUGAAAAAAAAAAACAAGAAAAUUAAGCUGAAAAUGAUGACAAAAUUACAAAAAUAUUUAUUCCCUUUUUGGCAUUUGAUAGAACAUGAAAAACUACUUAAUACUACAUUUUUUCCCAAAAAACAAAAAUUAUAAGCACAAAUACAAAAAAAAGAAUAAAUAAAUCUUGAACAGGAAGAAAAACUCUUUAUAGCAGAAAAAAUAUAUCAUUGAAAAAAAGAAAUACAUUUAAUAAAGAAAAAUCUAUUAGAUGAAAAGGAUGUUGUUAUGGAGCAAUA